CUCUCAAUCCACACCCCUGUAUCUCUCUCUCACUUCGCUCUCUAGGGUUUUACAGCUCAGUCGAAAAUGGCGACCACUCGCACGAUCGUCACCCGCUCUCUCCUCACCACCAAGCAAACACUCUCCUCCCUCCUCUCUCGCUCCUACUCCUCCCCCGCCGUUUCUCUCCCCUCCCCUCCCCCCUCCUCUCUCUCCUCCUCCAUCCUCCGCCCGCUCGUCGCCGUCGCGGCCAACUUCCACCGCCUCUCUCCGGCGAGCACCGCGCGCGGCUUCUCGACCAGGAGAACGUCGUCGUCUCUCAAUGAUCCGAACCCUAACUGGUCCAACCGGCCGCCCAAGGAGACGAUACUGCUGGACGGGUGCGAUUUCGAGCACUGGCUCGUCGUCGUGGAGAAGCCCGAGGGUGACCCCACCAGGGACGAUAUUAUCGACGGUUAUAUUAAAACCCUGGCUGAGGUCGUCGGGAGCGAGGAUGAAGCACGGAUGAAAAUCUAUUCAGUCUCGACGAGACACUAUUUUGCAUUUGGAGCCCUAGUAUCUGAAGAACUUUCCUACAAACUCAAAGAAUUGUCACAUGUCCGAUGGGUGCUUCCUGAUUCUUACUUGGAUGUUAGGAAUAAAGAUUAUGGAGGGGAGCCUUUCAUUAAUGGGCAAGCUGUUCCUUAUGACCCGAAGUACCAUGAGGAAUGGGUGAGAAACAACGCGAAGGCAAAUGAUAGAAAUAGACGCAAUGACAGACCUCGCAACUUUGACAGGUCGAGGAAUUUUGAGAGGAGGGGGAAUCGUGAUGUUCAGAAUCCUCCUGGAUCCUACUCACCGAACAACAUGACAAGCCCGCCCAAUAUGGCAGGCCCACCACCAGGUAAUAUGGGAGGUCAGCCCAAUAUGGGGGCGAUGCCGCAAACUAACAUGGGAGGUCAGACCAAUAUGGGAGGAGGGAUGCCACAGAACAACAGGGGAGGGGCGCCACCACAGUACAACACAGGGGGAGGGGCGCCACCACAGUACAACACAGGAGGAGUCCAACCACAGUACAACACUGGAGGAGGCCAGCCACAGUACAACACUGGAGGAGGCCAGCCUCAGUACAACACAGGAGGAGGCCAGCCACAGUACAACACGGGAGCAGGUAUGCCACAGACCAAUAUGGGAGGCAAUCCGCAGAACAACACGGGACGAAUGCCUCAAAAUAACGUGGGAGGGCCACCGAACAACAUGGGAGUAGGAGCGCACAAUACUGCUCCUCCAAAUUUCCAAUAUGGGCCUAACAAUGGAGGCACACCUUACCAAAACAGGGAAAUGUCUGGUCCAGGACAAAACAGAGAGUACCAGCCCAAUAACUUUGCUCCAAACUCGGGGGUUGGAAAUCCUUACCAGACUCAAGACAUGCCCGGAAGAGAUAUGCCCCCACCACCAAAUUAUCAGUAGGCCUUUUGUAGAUACGCAAGGAUGGAGUUUUAUGUCUCGGGGUUUAUCCUACUUGUCCUUUUUUUCCUUCAUGCUUUUAUCCUAAAGACCUAUCCUUCUGAAGUAGCGCAUAUAACUUGUGAAUGCUGUUUGGGUUCUAUGUUGACCUAUGAACUGAUUGGAUGUAGUAUUGAGUACAAUUUCUACGGCCAGUUAUGCUAUUAGUUUCUGUUUGCCA